AUGAGUCUGCUGCUGCUACUGCUGCUGCUGCCGCUGCUACUGAACCGGAUGGCGCGGUCCCCGCUGCCCCAGCCCCCUGCCGCCGCCGCCGCCGUCGUCGUCGUCAGGGCGUUCCACCACAAGACCGGCGGCCCCUGCGACCAUUGCGGAGCCACCGAGUCGCCACAAUGGCGCCGGGGGCCCCCCGCGAAGCCCAUGCUCUGUAACGCCUGCGGCACGCGCUUCAGACGGACCAAUCAGCUCAACCCGGCCGUGGCGAUCGCGCCCGCCGGCAGAGCAGCCGCUGUCGCUUCGGCGGCGGGAGGGGGUGCUGCUGCCUCCGCCGCGGCAAAGCGCAAUGCAGCAGCGAAGCGUGACCCGCCUUACAUUGCGAGCACGAGCGUGAAGCGCGGCCGCUCGUCUUCCGGGUACUGA